AUGAUUACUCGAUCUAUUCGUUAUGCUUCUUCAACAAUAAAAACACCUCCAAAACCAGUCGAUGAUUAUACUUAUUGUAUAAAUAGUGUACGAAAAGUUGAUUAUGAAAAUUUUAUAUGUACAGGUUUAUUAAGACCAUCAUUACUUCAACGUCCAGCAAUGGCUAUACGAGCAUUAAAUGUUGAACUUGCUUCAAUACGUGAUCAUGUAUCAAAUACUCAAAUAGGACAAAUGAGACUUCAAUUUUGGCGUGAAACUAUUGAUACAAUUUAUUCAACAACAAAUACAAAUAUGAUGAAAAAAAUUAAUCAUCCAGUUGCACGUGAAAUUAAUUUAGUUAUAAAACAUAAUCAAUUAUCAAAAUUAUGGUUUCAUCGAUUAAUUAAAAGUCGAGAAACAACAUUAAAUGAUAUGCCAUUUCAAGAUAUUGAACAAUUAGAAAAUUAUGUUGAACAAUCAAUUACACCUACUUAUUAUCUUUUACUUGAAUUAGCAAAACAAAGAUCAUUAAAUGCUGAUCAUAUCGCUUCACAUCUAGGUCGUUCUCAAGGUCUAAUCAACAUAGUUCGUGGUAUUCCCUAUAAUGCUCAUAAACGUCGAUGUUUUAUUCCUCUUUCCUAUCUUAUUGAACAUAAUGUCUCUCAACAAGAUCUAUUGAAUGGUCAAUUUGCUAAUGAACAAUGUCGUCAUGUAAUAUAUCAAUUAUGUAAUCGAUCAUGGUUUCAUUUACAAAAAACAAUUGAAUUAUUUGAACAAGAUAAAAAUUUUCAAAAGCAAAAUAUUUCUUCUUCAUUAAAAAGUCAUAAUCGUAGUAUAUUUUUACCAAUUAUUGUUAUUUAUGAUUAUUUAAAACAAAUCCUUGGCUUGAUAAUGUUUGGUCUUUCAUCAACAACAACUCAAAAAGAUGUUGAAGUUGUUCAACCACCUGAUGAUGCUAUAUCGUGUAUGAAAUUUUCUCCAGCAACAGUUCCACAAACAUAUUUAAUAGCAAGUUCAUGGGCAAAUGAUAUUCGCUGUUGGGAAAUUCAAUCCAAUGGACAAUCUAUUGCUAAAGCAAUCCAAAAACAUGACGCACCAAUAUUAAGUUGUUGUUGGUCAGACGAUGGUACUAAAGUAUUUACAGCUAGUUGUGAUAAAACUGCCAAAAUGUGGGAUUUACAAUCCAAUACAUUUGUUCAAAUAGCAGCACAUGAUCAACCAAUACGAACUAUAAAUUAUAUUCAAAGACCAUCUUAUUCAUGUGUUAUGACUGGAAGUUGGGAUCGAACUGUUAAAUUUUGGGAUACACGUCAAGCAACACCAUUAAAACAUUUAACACUUACUGAACGUAUAUAUGCAGCCGAUGUCUUUGGUCCGAUGGCUGUUAUAACCACAGCUGAUCGUGGUAUACAAAUUUAUUCACUUGAUCAAGGACCAACUGAAUAUAAAAAAAUGGAAUCCUUACUUAAAUAUCAACAUCGUUGUAUAUCAAUAUUUACAGAUAAAUCACGAAAUCCAAAUGGAUUUGCUAUUGGUUCAAUUGAAGGUCGUGUUGCAAUAAUGUAUGUUAAUGCACCAAAUCCAAGUGCUGAUAAUUUUACAUUUAAAUGUCAUCGUUCAACUCCAACAGCUACUGCUACUACUCAAGAAAUAUUUUCUGUUAAUGAUAUUGCUAUUCAUCCUAUACAUGGUACAUUAGCUACAGUUGGUAGUGAUGGUCGAUAUAGUUUUUGGGAUAAAGAUGAACGAACAAAAUUAAAAACAAGUGAUGUUAUUAAUGAUCAAUCAAUAACAUGUUGUGCGUUUGAUAGUCGUGGACAAUUAUUUGGUUAUGCAAGUUCCUAUGAUUGGCAUAAAGGACAUGAAGGAAAUAUUCAAUCAAAAAAGAAUGUAAUAUUUUUAAGACAAUGCUUCGAAGAAAUGAAACCAAAACAAAAGAAAUAA